CAGCAAGACAAGCAGGGAGGAGGAGGCCCGGGCAGAGUAGGACAGGGAAGGACGGGAGAAAGAAAAGAGGGAAGGGAGACAGAGGAGGAGGAGGGAAUAGAAAGAGUUUACAGUAGAGGGGGAGGAGAAAUUGCUGCACUUCCCUUUGGCCAGCCCAGUCAAGUCUCAGCAGCAAGCACUGUGUUUGUCAGUGCGUGGUAGUGUAGUGUUUCCAGACAACACACACACACACACACACACACACUGCAAGAGCAGGGGGAGACUCAUGGAAAUUUAACACGGGCGACAGCAGCAACAGAAAAGAGGACAGGACUGUGGAUAAGAGAGGAGGAGGAGGAGGAGGAGGAGGAAGUUAGCUGAGUCAGUGCAAAAGAGGAGAGGGAGCGUCAGCAGCAUGUGUUGCAGCAUGUUUGUGUCGUCCUCUGCCCGCUCCAAAACACAGAGCCCUGCAGAGGCUGUCUGUACAGUGAGCAAGGUAGAGGGGCAGCAGAGGAGCUGCACUGCACUAUAGAGUCACCUUCAGCCCAGUGGAGGAGCAUCGGCGGAAGCUCAUGCUGAGAGUUUGACCCAGAGGGACGACAGAACACUGCUGACUGAAGCCUCCUCCAGCCAGCAGAACCUGCUGUCUCAACCAGGGCUCCCAGACGUCGCAGUCAUCACUGGAGUGGAAGAGAGCAGAGGUGCAGUUGGAGACCAGGACGACAAGGAGGAGCUUGAGUUUCCUCAUGACCUGCUGCCCAGUUUAGACUUCAGCAGUGAGCUCAACAUCUGGGAGUCCUCACUGGGAACUCAGAAUAGCUCAGGUGAGAGGAAAUGUGAGCAGGUGAACCCCCUGCUGGCGGGCCUGCGGCAUCACAUGGAAGUCAGUCGACCACUGGUGGUUCUAGAUACAAGGCCUCAUGAAAGCGACCCAGUUCUCACAGAUGCCCAGCCUUCACCUCAUCCCGCUGCCACACCUUACCCGGAUGUCCCACCCCUGACCCCUCCCCCAUCCUUGCUCCUAGACCAGGAAUUCCAAGAGGCCUUGCAGGAAUGUGAAGAACAGAUGGCCUCCCUGGGCAUGCUUACUUCCACAGAGCUCCCCAGCACCACGCCUAAGACGGUUAAUGAUGUAGGGAAGAAAACUGGACAAGUGAUGGUUAAAAAGUCAGAUGAGUCAUCCUCUCUGCCUCCAAUCGUAGUCCAGCCAGGACAUAGCAACGUGGGCCAUGGCAACAAGAGUACACACGGAAAUAGUGAGGCAGCACACAGUCAUAAGGAUACAGAUGUGUUUAGUUUCAGGAAUUACAUACUGGGCACUGAGAAUAGUGCUGGGGCAGCAGAGAGUGAAAUAAAAGCAACACAGAGCCUGGAUAAAUGUCCAGACAUUAAGCCAGAAAAAGAAACAGAGAUACAUGAACAGAUGGAAACACUCCCACAUGCACAAUUAGAAACAGCAACAGAUUUAUUUAAAGAAACCACAAAAGAUGUUGCAUUCACUGAGCAGAGAGAUGAUUUAAGAGACGAACGUGUUGAUUCUACUGCAGCCACUGAAGAAAAUGGCACUUUGGAUUGUAAGACAGUGAUUAGAGAGGAAGGCAAAGAGGCAAUAACAAAGAUUGUAGACAUAAAUGAAGAAAAUUAUAGUGAUGAGUCCAGUAUUAAUGUUUGUAUAGUUGGAAAGAAAGAUGAUUCAGUUAAUGAAACAUUGGAGGGCAGUUCUCUUCAUUUAAAGAAUAAAGAUGCAUUAUCAGAGAUGCAGUCAGAGACACACCCAGGAGCAAACAAUCACACUGAGGGGGAUGAGGAGUCAAAAACAGACAAAAGGAUGAAUUCACCAAGCAACAAACAGGCAGAGAAAGACAAAAAUGCAAAGAAGAAAGAAAAAAAGAAACAAAGGAAAAAGAAAAAGAUGGAGAAGAACGAACAGAAAGCAAAGACAAUAGUACAACCUGAAAAUGAUUUACAGGCUGUGUCACUUCACACAGGAAAUCACACAGACUCAAUGGCAAAUGUACAAUCAGUGUCACAGGCAGACACUCAGACUGUGAUUUAUGGGGAACAGCCUGAUAAUGGGUUUGACUACCGGCAGCAGCUGAGUCCUGGGGGAAAGCCCAGCCCCAGCCCUGGACUAUCAUCCUCUCAUAGCAUGCAGGAUCAUCUUACUGACUCAGCCUCUUCACCUGUGUCCAGCCAGGCUCUUUCACAGUGGCCUCAUCAGUCAGAUUACCACAACCUUUCAGAUGCCCCAUGUGGCAUGAAUCACAGCUCAGAUGAAAGCCCACAGCGGGCGCAACAUGCAACCGGAGGUGCCAUCAACAACCAAAAUACAACCAUGACAUAUGUCCAAACUACAGUUAUCAAUCCAGCCGCUUCUGCUGAUAAGAGGUCAGAUGCACAAACACAGGAGGCUAUAGUUACCACAGAAGAAGCAGCGAUAGUCACACAGGAGAAUCGGAGCCCACUCUCCAACAGCCGAACUUGUGGGGGAGAGAGUGGCGAGGAGAGUGCCCUUGAAGAGGCUUUAGUGGUGGUUGCUGCGUUGCCACUGACAACACCCACAUUGCCAGAAGUGAUAGAAAGCAAGGGAGAGGGAGAAAGCGUGAGGCGUGAUUCACUGGAGAGAGUGGCUGCUUUAGCAAUCGCAGAGAGUGAGAAAGCAGUAGGAGAGAAAGAUUUGGGAGGAAUAGUAAAGUGCAUCAGCUCCGCAGACGGAGAGAAAGAAGGACUCCUGGGCAGCCUUCCUCAGCUCGCAUUAAUUUGUUCACAGGGAAAAUGCUCACUUGCAUUCUCAGCCAAAGAGGGACAGGCUGCAUCUGAGGAAAGCUACACCAGCAAAAUGCCACACAACUUGGCUGAGACUGAAAUGAAGGGACCGAGAGAGACAACCAUUCGCAGUGCAGACACAGAGAUCUCAUCAUUCGCUGAAGAGGGAGACAGAGAAAAGGAGCCACGCCGGUUAGAAGCCUAUGUCAAUACUUCUCCCCUUGGGCUACUAACCGGUCCUGAUUGUCAGGAUCACAGUGCUGCGGGAUUGGUGGGAGCAGAAAAGGGAGGAGGAGAAGGAGGAGGAGAGGAUGUGGGAGAGAAAGGAGGGCUAGCUAGAGAGCACAGUUCAUUCAGCCAGCCAGAAGGCUCUGCUAGUGGGGUGUCAUCAGCUGGGACUGAGACGUGUCCGCCCACCGAUGUUGCCGAGUCACAGCUGAAGUCACAGUGCUGGAGGGAGCCGAUUGCUACCAUCAUUGAGAGCAUCAGCUCUGGAAAGGACCAUCUCUCUCAACUCUGCCAGGAGCAGCUUGGUGCAGCAAUUUCCCUUCUCCCCACUCACCCUGAACAGAGCUCCAGCAAUACAAACGGAGGGGUAAGCGCUGAUCUCAAACAGAAUUUGAUUUCAGAGGAAGCACUGUCUUUGGGACACAUUUGUGAGGAGCCGUCUGUCACGGAGACAGAGAGAAACUACAGCCAAGUCUUCCUGUCUUUAAUCUCACCUCAGCCCUUGACCACUGCUGCACAACAAAUCCCAGUCGAGCAACAAGAGAGCAACAAUCAACAGGUCCAACCUGAAAGUAGCACAAGAGAAGCCAGAGCAGGCGACGGUGCAGCUGAGUUCCAAGCACAGACCAAGAGAAAUAGUGGUAGUCCUGCUAUUUCUGGAGUGGGUGUUUACAUGUGUGACAGCAUUGGACGCAACAGAGUUCACUUUGCGGACACAGUGAAACAAGAGGACAAUUCCUCUGUGGCUCUCAGGAACAUGUCGGCUAUGGACUGCGCCUCUUUGCCCCCACUGACUGUACACGAGAGUCUGCACCAUCCUGUUGUGGAGGCCAGCUACACCUUCCCAGAGUCCCUCAGCUCGAAGACACCAAAAAUCCCUACGAAUGCAGCUCCUACCAAGGAUGAACAAGCAAUAGGGAGCUCAGCUGUCUUAACAAAGCCACCGAAGGUUGUCCAGUUAGAUAAAGGAGAUAUGGGGAUUAAAGAUACCAAGGAGAUCAUUAACAUAGAUCAAUUAGAUAAUAACAACUUGGACACAAACACUGUGGACUUACAGUCUGUGACUGAGGCCUGCUUAAAUCAGCUUCCAUGUCCUACCAAGAAGAAUCAGGCCAACGAUCUAAUAGUCGAGCAGGUGUCAGAAAAGGAGACAAAGCAAUUACAGGCAGAAACAGAGAAGGGUGCUGUAACUCUAUGUUUGUCGAAGGAGAAAGAUAUAUCUAAGUUACAUGCUGAGUCUCAGGGCUCACUCAAGGCUGGUCAUCACCAGGCGUCACCUUUAAUAAGUGAUGCUACUGUAAUUCUUGAAGAAACAAAAGGCAACCAAUAUCCUCUGUCCUCAUGUUCUGUACCUCUAGCUGAUGAUGUUACUUGCACGCCUUUAAGUGAGGUCUCCACUGAGUUACCUGUUGGGCAGCUCUCUUCUGACCUUGACCCAAGCUUAAAACCUGAAACUCUGAACUUGACCUGCAAAGAAUAUCUUCAGAAAAAGCCUAGUGACAGCAAUUCUCAUCCUUCUAUCCAAUUAGAUCAAACACCUUCCAUGAAGGAUAGUGAAGGGCCUAAGUCCACAUUUCAUUCUGCUGAUCUGACAAAGGAUGAAUCAGUGACUUCAGAUGUGACAGCCUCUGACCAGUCAGUUCCUGUUAUCGAGCGAUGUGCCAGUAAUCCUACUUUUUUACUGCGGCCUCCUGGACCAAUGUUGAGUCACUUGGAGUUCAUUACCGACUGUGAAAUCUCUCUCCCUGAGCAGACGGAUAACUGCAGUGCUGAUGGUGACAGCACCUACGUCUUUGGAGAAGUGGAUGGCAACAAGAGCAGAGAAAUGACACAAAUGUCUUUAGCACAGAGUCUGACGCAUGGUGAUGUCAGUGUUAAAGCAGAUGAGACUUGUCCGAAACUGGAGGAUAGAAAUGAUGCUAUGGAGUCUUUCGCUGAACUUGGGAAUUUUGCGAUGAAUCAUGUCAGUAUUCCAUUUUCACAAGAGCUAAAUAUUUCUCCUCCAACUCAGCCUCCUGUUGCAGUGGGUGUACUGGCAAAUGGUGGUUUCGGUAAUGUAAUUUCUUUAUCUCACACUGAGCCAGACUCUAGCGGCAUUAAACCUGUUAUUUGUGAAGCGUCCAUUAAGGAAGACCUCAUUAAUGUCAGCUGCCCACUCAGCUCUGACCUGCCUACCAAGGACACUUAUGAUGAAAUUAAACAAGACAAUAUGAAAGAGAAACACAAAAUGGGAGAACAACAGACAUCCAUGUUGUUUGAAGAGGAAAAGAAACAAGGUGAAGAGGCAACAAUGGAUAAUCAAAAGGAAACAGCAGAUAGCAGGAAGCUGCAUACAGGAAAGAAAGGCACAACACCACAACAGAGUGAGCCAGAUAAAGAGGCUGUGAAGGAAAUUGGAGACCUGCAGCCACCACAUACACAUAAAAAACAAAAGACUGAAUCACCAAUUAGGGAUAUAAAGGAAGGAGAAAGGAAGAGUGGCAUUGCAUCUAAAAGCCAGACAGAGACUUCUUGUUCAUUUCCCGACAAACCUGCAGUGUCAUCUGAGGACAAGCUAAGUGCUGAGGUAGAGUCUUGUAGUGAACCUCAGACUGUUUAUGACCAGAGCUUGUGCCAAACUCCUGCAGCAACACUGAAACACAGCUCUGACAUGAACACGGCACCAGAUUUGAUUGCAGCUCUUGGCCAAUCACAGUCUGCACCAGAUCCAAACUGUUUUGCACAGCAACAGGAGCAACAGCAGCAGAGUCUGCGACCCAGACAUCCGACACAGGACCUGUCAGGUGGCUGUGUAGAGGGGGGAGAAAAGACUAACAGUCAGGUCAGGCAGACCCAAGCACUGGUUCCGGGGGUAGCAGAGGAAGGAGACAGCCCUGUUGGGAGUUUGUGUCAUUCAGGGAGCAGGGAUGAGUUGACAGGUGAUGGCAGCAGUGGCAAUGAACAAGUGACAGGUCUAGAGAGGGGCGAGGGAGAGGGAGUGCAAGCUGGACCAGGGGUUGACACGGUUUAUGUGCCAUCUCACCUUGCCAGUGAUUUAAAUGAGAGUGGAAGGGCUGCUGAGAGAAAUGCCUCAGCUGACAUAGCGAUAGUAACAGCUUGCUCACAUGUAGGUGAGACAGGACAGGGGAUGGACGAGAAUAAAAGCCUCAGGUUAGGGGUAGCUGGGUCAGAUACAGAUUUAAUGCCGGAUGCUGAGUUUGUGAGCGAUCUGGGUGGCAAAGGUCAGCAAAAAAGCGAUCUAUCAGCUGCCUGUCAGGACCAACAUGGGAACUCAAAGAACACUGCUGUGUCUGUUGAGUCUCCAUCACGAGAACAUGGGACUUCACCUCUCCGAAUCUCUGUUUCAUCUAAGGUCAGCACAGAUAGUCACGACAUUCAUACAGAAGUUAUUCCAAGUGCGGGCCAGGCUGAAGCAAUUCAUACAGAAAUAUUCAGUUCUCUGCCAGAUCCUGUUGGGCAACCAGAAACUGUGGGAAAGGAUUUCAGUGCUGCCACUGCUGUGAAAAGCGACAGUAGUGAAAUUGAGGAGGGUGAAAUUCAGGAUACAGUGUGCAGGCCUCUUGAGCUACAAAGCUCCAAUAUAACCUCAGCCGCACAAAGCAGCCCAGUAGCACAAACAGCCAUAAAAGGCCCUGAUGUAGACGAGAUCACAAAAGAAGAUAAAGCAGCUUUGGAUAAAGAGAAAGCUAGCAACCAGGGGAAGGGACAAUGUGGGGUGUCUCACAGCAGCACCGAGACUACUGCUUGUCACUCUGAGGGGAGCAUUGUUCUUUCUAAGGAAACAGAAAAUUACAAUGAUAUAACAGAUAAAAUAACUCCUGAUGUUAUCACAGUCCCAUCUGCUGUUUCAUCAAAGUGCUCGGAAGGUUUUGCACUGACCCCACUUGCAGCCCCUGCCCAGUCAGAGGAACCACACGAUCACUUGUCAAAGCCCCAAGAUGAUACCCAGGUAAACCCCUUUAUUGCCGCUUCCCAGUGUGAAGGAAGACCACAUGAAAAAGCCCCUGCCUGCAUCUCUCCUGUUGAACAAGUGUCUGUGAAUACAGAGGCCACUGAUGUGUCAGAGAGUCCUGCUCCUGGUCUAGCAGCCCCAGAACCAGACACAAACUGGAUCAAAGCUCUAAAAGAAGCUGCAUCCCAUUCUCAGAGUAAACAAGAGAACACAGGGGAGACCUCAAGACCCCUCCCAUCUCUGGAGUCUCCUCAACUAGAGUUUCUUACUCCAACUGAGGAGAUAACUGCUCUUCUGAGACAAGAGGAGAUCCCACAACUGGAGCAAGCAGCAGAGGAGACAACUGAAAUCCCACCUCUAGAUCUUUUGACUAAGCCUGAACCUUUAAAGAAGACAUCAGAGCUCCCAGAACCAACACAUCAGACAGAAGAGCUUCCAGAGCCAACACAUCAGACAGCAGAGCUUUCCGGAUCAACACAGAGCACAAAUGUAGAGCUCCCAGAAGAAACAAAGAAAUUAGAGCUCUCAGAACCAACCAAGAAAGAAGAAGGGCCUCCAGAAGAGUUUCCAGAACCAAUAAGGGGGCCAUUAACCUCUCCAGAAAUAGUAGAGGAGCCAGCUGAGCUCCUAGAACCAAUAAAAAGCACAGUAGAGGUCCAGGAACCAACAAAGAAUGAAUUAGAGUUCCCAGUACUAACGAAAAAUGAAGAACCAGAACAACCAAAGACGACAACAGAGCCCCCAGAACCAGAGAAGGAGCUGAUCAGUGAGCAGCCAGAGGAGCUAGUGGAGAAACCUGGGGCUAUCCCACCGUGUGAGCCAUUUAAAGUGCCUGCUGAGGAACCUGCAGUGACAGAAACAGUCCAGGAUCCUGCUGAGGAGCUACAGGACAGUGGGCCCUCCCGUGCUGAGCAGGCAGAAAGAGGUGCCCCUGCCUCUCCCCCACUUCCUACCUCCAACUACCACUUCCUGCCUCCCCUCCCUCCUCACCUCCACGACACCACAGAGUUCCCCACUCCUCCUCCCACACCCCCGGAGAGGCACACACCUGUAGCUCUACCAACCCCACCUGCAUCACCCCAUCUUCCUCCUCCUCCUCCAGCCCCUGCCUCCCCUUCUGUGCCUUCUAUUUACCAGUGGGAGGAUCACUGUCCUGCUUCUGCACCCUGCCACCCCCCUUUAAGGAGCUCAGACUCUGAUGGAGCAUUUGAGACCCCUGAAUCCACAACUCCAGUGAAGGCAGUUUCCCCUACAGAGUCCCAAACCCAGCAACUAGCAUCCGAUGACACAGUAGCAGACACCUCAGUCAGUGAUCCUGAUUUGACAGCUGGUGCACUCUGCCAUUCCCCGUCCAUUGUUUUUGAUGAGAACAGGCCCAUUGCAGCCAGUGGCACCUACAACAUUGAGGUUUUAGCAACAGAUUCAAGUCACACUCUGACCCGUUCGCUGAGCCUCCAGGGUGGAGAGCUAAACAGUGCAGGUACGUUGGAAGGAUCAACAGUGGGAGAUUUCCGUCCACAUUCUGAAUCCUUCAGCGUUGGCACUGAGAGUGCUCCAGGGACACUCCACAGGCCCAAGAAAGUCCGUCCUGGGUCCGUGAAGAAGAAGCCUCUACUCAGACAGAACUCCAACCCAGAGAGUCCAAGGCCAGCCUCAUCCAGCAGCACCCCAGAGAUCAAGAAGCGGGCAAAGCCUCGAGCUGCCAGCCCUCUCCAGGCUCAGGAGGAAGCAGGAGGAGGAUCUGCAACUCCGAGCCCUGGAGGAACCCUUCGAAGGACCAGGAAGACCCGUGUGGAGACUCCUCCUCCUCUGCCAGAGGAGACCAACCAUACCAGCCAAGAGGAAAGCCUUGUCAUCUCGGCCUUACCCUUGUGCCAAGAGGAGAUCCCUCUCCCUGGUAGUCCAACAGGCAAAGACGAAUCCCCCAUCCCCCCAAGUACCUCCUACAAAUGGGAUCCGGAUAAUUUUGAGAACAUUGACCCUUUCAAGACUGGAGGUAGUAAAAUUGCCAAUUCCCCUGAUCUGGGCCGUAAAGGUCCUGUGUGUGCCCCCAUUGCCACCCCUCCAGAGAGUCCCUCUGUCUGUGCUGUGGCGCCAUGUCCUCCACCUCCUCUUGAAGAGCCAAUCACCAACCCUGAAGAGCAACCCAUCAUACCCAAACGUCAGUCAGUAAGGCUGGAGUUUGACUACUCUGAGGAGAACAGUGAGGCGUCACAUCAGGCCUCUCCCCCACCUAAGAAAGUGGGCAAGAAGCCCGGUGGCAAGAUGCCUCUUAGGAAACCAAAGCUGGGGCUCAAGAAGGCCCCUCCAGUACAGACGGAGCAGCUGGACAACAAUCCUCCAGCAAUCCACAAUGGUAACGAGGAGGAAAUCCCUGUUCAGAAAGCAUCUUACAACUUUGAACCUGACAAGUGGGAGGAUCCAAAUUUCAAUCCAUUUACUUCUAAGAAAGGUAUUGCCAACUCCCCCAAACUAUCCAGGCCAUCUUAUAGCUUUGACUCCAGUAACUUCGAUGACUCAGUAGACCCUUUCAAACCCUCCAAUAAGAUGGCCAACUCCCCUCCUAAGGCCUCUGCCUCCUUUGAAGUGUCAUCCAGUGACUUUGACAAUGAAAAUGACAAUGAUAACAUUGGGGAACUGGAGGACCAAAACCAGAACAAACCUGCCAAGAAGAAGAAAACUCCUAUCAAAUCUAACACUUUCAGAGUGAAGAGGUCGCCAAAAAAAUCCCCAUUGUCUGAAUCAUCCCAGGAUCCUAUGUCAGCAGAUGAACCUCCUUCCCUCCACCCACAGGACGACCACGCCACAGAUGAGGAGAAGCUAGCCUCCUCCACCAGUCAUAAAUGGGCAGCCCUGCACGACAUGGAUGCAGAUUUAAAGUCUGACCAACAAGACUUCCCAGAGCCAUGCGACCUUACGUCAUUUGUUAACGAGAACAGUCUUCCUCAUCAGGCUCCAGUGCAAGACUAUGAAAUUGAGUACAUGGAGAAGAUUGGCUCCUCUUCGCCACCACUGUCUGUGAAGAAGCCAUCUUUGUACCUGAAGUUGGACUCAGUAUCUGACAACUUAACCAGGAACACGUGUGCACAUGGAUUUGAGCCCAGCUCCCCCUGCACAGGGAGUUUUGAGGAGAUGGAGGCCCAAAUAUCAUCAGGUAUGAAGACACCAGUGCUGAGCUCCCGGCCCGGUCCUGAGGGCUCUGCUGGGGAAAAGGGAAGGAAGAGAGAAAGCGAGGCACUCAGCCGAACACAGAGCACAGAGAGGGAUGAGCAGCCCCCUAGCCAGGGCCCAGUGGAGGUCCCUGCUCCAGCUCUGGCCAUGCCCCUGUUAGACAGGCUGUCUGAGUGCGACGACUCCCUGCAGUAUCUGGAGCCUGACCUUGCUGAGACCAACCCCACUGCAUUCGCCCAAAAACUACAGGAGGAGCUGGUGCUUGCUGCCCUGAGGAUAGAGGCUCUGCAGGUAGCCAAAAACAUCUCUCAGUGCCUCCCCCUCUCCACUGUAACCCCCCAGCACAGAGACGUGUCAUCUCCAGUAGAGAGUGCCGUGUCCAAGAACUCUCUGUACACCAGGACCACAAGCUACAUCGAAGGGGAGAGUCCCCACCUGCCCAGAGAUCUGGACCACUCGCUGGGAAUUGCAAGAGAGGAGAUUGUGACAAAGGAGAAAGAAGUGCUGGAGUGGCAGAGGAAGUAUGAAAACAGCCGACAGGAAGUGGUGGAGAUGAGGAGAAUUGUUGCUGAAUAUGAGAAGACGAUUGCACAGAUGAUAGGCAUGCCAGAAGAUGACCAGAAAGAGAAGUCUCUCUCCCACCACACCAUCCAGCAGCUGAUCAUGGAGAAGGACCAGGCCUUGGCCGACCUCAACUCUGUGGAAAAGUCUCUGGCCGACCUCUUCCGACGUUAUGAGAAGAUGAAAGAUGUACUUGAGGGCUUCCGCAAGAAUGAGGAGGUUCUGAAGAAAUGUGCUCAGGAGUAUCUGUCCAGGGUCCGUAAGGAGGAACAGCGCUAUCAAGCCCUGAAGAUUCAUGCUGAGGAGAAACUAGACAGGGCAAAUUCAGACAUAGCUCAGGUGCGGGCCAAGGCCAAGCAGGAGCAGGCCGCCUACCAGGCCAGUCUGAGGAAGGAGCAGAUGAAGGUUGACUCUCUUGAGCGCACUUUGGAACAAAAGAACAAAGAGAUCGAGGAGUUGACAAAGAUCUGUGAUGAGCUGAUUGCCAAGAUGGGGAAGAGUUAGCGACCACACCACGCCCAGGCCAAAUCCCACAGAGUAGACAAGUGGUUCUAGAAAAACGACUUGGAAAAUGAAGCCGAUCAGUAAUAUUUACCACUCUUCCAAGGACUGAAGGCCAAAGUGGGGGUUAAAUUUAUUUACUUUGUGUAUACAUGAUCCACAGGAAUGGCUUCCUCUUAAUCACUCUGUACAUUUUUUGAUGUGUCAGUGUAUCGUACUGUAUCAUGGGUCUGGUUUAAAGUUUUAGACUAUGUAUCAUAUCACUAACAAGUGUGCCUGCGUGUGCGAGUGUGUGUAUGAUAAUGAGAAAAGUGAGAGCAUUGUUUGGGGGUUAAAUUAUCUAUUAUUAUGUUGCCAUGACAGCCACUGAGGGAGAAGACUGUUUUACCCACUCCUAUUGAUAGACUUUGAAAAAGUGUAACAGACUUUGAUUCAUUCAUAAAAUGUUGAUACAGCACUAAGAGAACACAAACUGUCACAAUAGCUUACUGCAUGUGAGAGAAAGAAGAGCCUGUAAUGUUAAUGUUUGUAUAUACUGUAGGAAAUGAUGAAAACACUCAUCUGCAUUUUUGAUAGUUAUUCUGUCAUCCGCUUCCCUCAUGUAACCUUGUAGAUAUUUGUCAUACUUGUCAUAGCUUUCUCGAUGAAAUCGCAGGACUAUAUUUUGGAUUUUAUUUUGAUAUAAAGCAAACUAAUUGUGACUGUAUUCAGUUGUGACCAGGAGUAAUUUCAUUUUGGAUGGAUAUGUCCUCGUCCUGCUAUGGUUGUUGUGUCACACUGAGGAAUAACUUCUCUGCACAGCUACUGUAUAGCAUCUGCUUACAAAGUGCAAUAAAAGAUGGCAAUACAGCA